UGCUGGAGUUGGGAGGGUGAGAAGGAAGGAGAUGGCCGACUAGGAGCCAGCCGUAAUUUUCCUACUCGUUGCUUCUUCUUUCACCGACAUCUGUUUCACGCAGCACAUCUUCAUAACUGAAGUGGGAAGAGGACGUCUUCAACAUUCCUCUUCCACAAUGGCAGAACAAAACAGUAAUGUGCGGUACCAGGAGUUGGUGAAUGAAGAGGAGCCAGCACAGCCAUCCCAGGAGGGUACUACCCAGGAUGCACCACCUCCCUACAGCAGCAUUGCUGCAGCAAAUGCAGCUUUCUUUGAAUACAAAGAAGAUGGAGGACGAUUUCCCAACCCUCCCUCCUACAGUGUUGCCACUACUUUGCCCUCCUACGAUGAAGCUGAGAGAAGCAAAGCAGAGGCUACAAUCCCCCUGGUCACUGGAAGAGUCACAGAGGAGGACUUUGUGGCUCGGGAUGACUUUGAAGAUGCUGAUCAGCUGCGAAUAGGAAAUGACGGCAUCUUUAUGCUCACUUUCUUCAUGGCAUUCCUCUUCAACUGGAUCGGCUUCUUCUUGUCAUUCUGUUUGACCACAUCAGCCGCUGGCCGAUACGGGGCCAUCUCUGGCUUUGGCCUGUCCCUCAUUAAAUGGGUUCUCAUCGUCAGGUUUUCCACCUACUUCCCUGGUUACUUUGAUGGGCAGUACUGGUUGUGGUGGGUGUUUCUGGCCCUGGGAUUCAUGCUGUUUAUCAGAGGCUUUGUUAACUACUCAAGAGUGCGUAAAUUGGCUGAUCCUACCUACGCCACUCUCCCUCGAACAAGGGUACUCUUCAUCUAUUAGAGGUGUGGAAGAACUGGACAAGUCCAAGACAAACAAUAACUCUGUGGAGUUUCAAACUAAAAUGAAGACAGACGAGUUAGAGAUGAAGACGAAUCCCAAUAAAAUAUUCAGGAAUUAUAUCACUUCUUUUAUUUUGUUUGAAACUUUAUUAAUGGAUAAUGGUUAACAGUAAUAGUCCCUAAAUGUACUCAUUAGUGGCGAAUGUUAAGUGCUAUUUACAUCUUUGUGUGUAAUGUAUAAGUAAUGCCUUAUAUCAUUUGAUGGUAGCAUACAAGCAUGCAUCUGCCCUUAUGGUCAAUAUUAGGGAGCGUUUCAUGUUGGUGACACUUGGCUGAAAGCCAACAGGUAUUAAGACAACACUUUUUAGAUCCACUAUAAGCAUGCAAAACACUUUGUAGUCUGCACCCGUCUCAACAUAUGGUUUUAUUGUGACUAUAAACGCCUGUUUUUAGACACCACAUACACUUAAACAGUUACGCGAGGCUGUAAAUGACAAUGCUAAUAUACACAUAAGCACAUGAUUCACUCACCUGUUGGCUUUAAGUAGUGUUUCCCUUUUUGUAGACAGAAGGGGGCAGUGUUGUCCGCUGCUUUGAAGUCAUUAGAAACUGUUCAUUAAGGGCAUUCUCAUAAUGAAACACAUGCUUGUGAUUCAGAUGUUAUAUUGAACUGAAAUGCAGUGUCAGUGGAACACACCAAAAUUGGAUCCAUGUGCUAGAAGUUUUGAUUUCUACAUUAAAUCAGGUCAAAUUAAAUCCACCCUGAAAACAGAAUUUAAGUCAUGGCUACUGUAUGAUGUCAGACGGCCUGGUUUACAUAUAGAAAUGUAAACGCGUUGCAGUUGAAACCAGAUGGUCAAAAUGUCAAGCGAAAAAAAUCAAAACCCCUGGAGCAGGUCGGUCCACGCUGAGGGGGCACCGACUUUGACUGUGAUGAUUUCUAUGGGCGUAUGAGCACAUUUUCUGGUUCACAUCCUCAAAAAGCUCAUGUGGAUGUAACAGCCUGACCUUUUCCUGACUCACUCAGCUCUCGGUGUCAGUGCAGAAGCUCCGUGGUUAUAGAUUAGUCUCGGCCAUCUAGACUGCAGCGCUCAGACAUUUGGAUCACAGUAGCUCAAAUUCCAUUUUCAGGUGGAUUUUUGCCUUUUGAUUUAAUUGUUAAAUAGGGAAGGGAAAUAUAUUUUUCUUUUUUUCUUCUUUUUUUUAAAGAAAAUAUUCAUAAGGUGUAAGGCAUUAGCUAUCUUGUGGGUGUUAAACUGUAUCAAAGAAUGUCUGCGCAGGUGCACUUUUAGAAACGUAACCGCUAAAAUCCAGGUGAGGAUCCCAUCAUUAUUUGACAAAUGAAACAAAGAAUGACUGAUACUGGAUUUUACUUUGUGUUUUAUGUUGUAGGUAAAGGGGAUGUCACUGUAAUAAUGGAUAAAUGGAUGAUGUUAACAGAAGGCUUUGCUUUAGGUCAGUGCGGUGCAGCAAACUGAAGCGUUUGCAUCACCUCUUCAUGUUCAUGACUCCUGCACAGCUUUGAUACAGACCCACAUGCUUCUUUCUGUGUGACGUAGAGCUGCAUCCAUGAGGUUUUGUUGUUAUGAAUCUGUACAGAGGACAUUUAGUGUUAAAUAAAUGUUACUUUUAAUGCGU